AUGGAUGCUCAGAAGCGAGCACCGUCAGUAGACAUGUCGUCAAUUCCGCUGAAGGACAUGCUUUCACCGGCUCCGUCGUAUAGCUCUACAUUCCUUUCGCAUGUCAUUCCUUUCACUCCUCAACACGACACUCUUGCUGGGACAUCACAAUGCGGCACAUCAAAUAACCCCUACUACCAACCCACCACGCCUGAGUCGCCAUCCUCGAUCCGUCACUCAAGCACCAGACCAUCGUCAAAGAAUGCGGAAGAAGCUCGUGUCAAGCCCGAUUACCAGGACACAAACCAUCCCCACUUUGCACGAUCUGCUAGACCAGGCUUCCCAACCACACUUCCCGCACGAAGUCGAAUGCCUCGGAAAUGCAUUCUUGUGCCGUGUAUACUAUUUGCUGUCUUCUUUCUCGUAACGAUAUGGUUCACCUCAAUCUUGCUUGGCGCCUGGUUCUUAUCCAUCGUUCACACCACAUCGCCGGCUCCUACAGUGCUGGAGAUUCAUCUCUUCAUGGACGGAGAAGCCCCUCAGGGAAGCCUCUCUAUAUCCACAAACACCGUUGCCUUACCCACGAGUAAUGUCACCCUUACUACAAAAUCUCCGAUCCCAACGGAACCGAUAGGCCAAACACUGCCUGACAUGAGCAAGGGCAUGGACAGACUUUCUACGUCAAGCGAAAGACGCACUGUGCCAGCGCCUACGGGUUUUGCAACCAUUACGAGAAGAGGACCAUGA